AUGAGCAAUUUUCUCGAUAACAACGAAUGCUCCAAUUUUCCAGAUAAUUGCGGUCCACUUUCAGCUGAUAUUGAGAUUGAAGGAGUCGGCAUUUACAUCUCCUUCCUUGCCACGGCGCUUUUAACACUCUCGGCCGCAGUCAUACGUCUUCCAUGCCAACUUGCGCUUCAUUCCUAUGAAUAUGCCGAACAUGCAAAGCCGGAAUAUCACGAUUUUGAUCAUCAAUCCAACAAGGGUACAGCAGCAAAUCUAUAUCACGCGGCCAAGGAGAAAGUUCGAAUUUGCAGACGAUGGAUUCUUCUCCGAUAUUCCAACAAACCAAACAUGCCCAGGUAUAGGCUUAUAAACGCUGCCGUGACUCCCCUUAUCCUUUCACUUGCGGAUCAACAACUAGUAACAAGUUCCGCUGUCAUGAUUGCCGGACUCUACAAUUUUCACACAAUCAGUGCCUACCAUUACAACAUCAUCGUGUAUCUAGCUUGGUUUUCUAGCUUUACACAUACAGUAGCUUUUGUUUCCAUGGGCGAUCAUUUUUUACAAAACCACGUAUUGGCAGGAAUUAGAUUCUGUGGAUACAUCGGCAACUUCAUACUUUUUAUCUUCGCACAAUCUAGAGCGAGAAGCUUUGGAAACACAGCUGGCAUGUAUAGAUCGUACAACAGCGAGCAUCUAUCUGGUGAAGCAGCAGCUUGUCUGGCAAGAUGUGCAGCCCAGUUUCCAUAUCAUGGCUAUGACCACCAGCUUCGUAUCGCUACCUUAUCUUUCCUUUUCUUCCAAGCAUUUCUCCAAUGCAUUCCACAGUGCAUUCGGAAUGGUUUCAGUCUUUCCAUUUAUAGCUGGUGUUUGAAAAUCUUCUGCAUCACUGAUCGCGAGAAACCGUGUUUGUGGCUAGCUUACGCCUUUCAGACUGUAAUUGUAUCGUUUUGGGUGAUACCUAUUCCUCCAAUUUUACUUGGACUGGGUUUUGGCGUUAGACGUGCCCUUGUGUUCAGGGACAUAUCCCGAUAUCCAGGAUUAGAAACCACCGAAGACUUCAUCGAACAGCAAAAUGCAUGGACCUUUGGUCAAUUUGUUGCGUGUAUCCUCUUAGUCCUUCCCAUAAUUGCUGCACUUGAGGGUUAUUUGGACGAGCGGGAAAAAAUCUCCGACGAGAACCGAGAAGCUGGCCUUCCAAGCCAUGAUUCUCAAUGGAAGCACCGUUUCAACGUACUAUUGAAAGUCACACAUCUCGGAAAACCACCCACAGCAAAAGACCCUGGACUUCGAAAUCGCAUAUCUGCCUGGGCCGACAACAAUAGCAUUGACCAUCCCGCUGGUAGAGAUGCAGAGAGACCCAGUAACAUCGAAGUGGCUUCGCGACAAAAUACUAGAUUAUCCCAACCUCGUGAACGUCAACUUUCUUUGUCAAAUUCUUCAAGACUAUUCACCUAUGAGUCUGGUGAACUAGUUCUGCUUCCUCACAUUAAAGAAAUUUCCCUGGGGCUAGAUUGUGUUGUGAAUUCGUCAACAUAA